GGUUCAAAGAGUAUAGUUUGGUCAAAGUCAAACUAAAAACGCUACCGCCAAACCAGCUGAGCCACUGAGACUGAGAGCUCUUGCUUUACCAAAAAAAAAAAAAAAAAAAAAAAAAAUGUUGCCAUUAUUUAGAGUUGGUUUCAGAAGAGGGAUUCGAAUGUCUGUAUCCUCUUCGAUUCGGCCAGGGCUAAUUACUGCAAGUCGCUUAUAUAGUGAUAGUGUGGCUUGGACAAAGAAUAAAAAAGAUGAAGAAAAAAAGUUGUUUACUCCCGGCCCUCUUGGGGUCAGCAAGUCAACAAAAGAAGUGAUGUUACGGGACGUGGGAUCACGGGAUGCAGAAUUUAUAGAUACAGUUGCAGAAAUUAGACGCAGUUUGUUACGAAUUGCAGGUGUUGGUGAGGAAGACUAUACCUGUAUCCUAUUGCCAGGGAGUGGAACAUAUGCAGUGGAAUCAGUCAUUAGUUCUACAACACCUAAAACAAAUGAAAAGGUUUUAAUCUUGGCGAAUGGCUCGUAUGGUAAGCGAAUGGGUCUGAUCACAGCGGCCCAUGGACUAACGUGUCAUGUGGCCCAUUUACCGGAGGAACACCGGAUCAGACUUGGGACAGUAGAAGAGAUCUUGAGGAGCUCGUCUGAUUGGACGAAUGUAGCAGUUGUCCACUGUGAGACUAGUUCAGGUGCUCUAAACCAGGUGAACGAGAUUGGACACCUGGUGAAGAAGUACGCUCCAAAUUCAAGUUACUUCGUUGAUGCUAUGAGUAGUUUUGGUGCAAUUCCCUUGGAUAUUGCUGCCUCAAAUAUUGACUUUCUUGUCAGCUCUGCGAAUAAGUGUUUGGAAGGAGUGCCAGGAUUCUCCUACAUUAUUGCAAACAAGCAUUCUCUGUUGAAAUGUGAAGGCUGGGCUCGAGGUUUAAGUUUUGAUUUGUUGUCGCAAGUGAAAGAGCUGGAUAAGUCGGGACAGUUUCGCUUCACACCACCCACUCAUUCUAUCAUGGCUUUCAAGCAGGCUCUCAAAGAACUAGAAGAGGAGGGAGGUGUAGAAUGUAGGGCCCAGAGAUAUGCCAAGAAUAACCAGAUUAUUUCUGAAGGAAUGCACAUGAAGGGCUUUGAUGAGCUACUGAGCUCACAGGACAAAAGCAACAUCAUCUCAUCCUUCCAUUACCCACAACAUCCAAAUUUCAACUUCCAAGAAUUUUACCAUCGACUAAAUGAAAAAGGUGAAUAG